AUGUCUUCGCCCGAAGAAAUCUUCAAAUCCCUAGCUGGCAAGGUCAACCAACUUCGUGGACUCUACGGCUUCGAUAAGGUCAAAUAUUUCACAUCUCCGUCUCACGAAGAUGUCUUUCUGCAUUUGUCCAACCAGGAAGGUAGAGAUUGUGGAGUUACUGCACAUAUGGGGUUGAAAGAUGGCUGCUUCGGAAUUAGGAGCUGUCCAGUAUUUCAUAAUCGAGUCGAUCUGCUUGGGAGACGGGAAUCGAAAGCUGAUCUGUCUUCUCAAGUCAUCAAAUGGUUUCAGGACAAUAGCGCGAAGCUACACUUUAGUCAUAAAGAGGAAAAACUGCUAACACGUCGUUCGAACUUGUCACAGCUGGAUACCACCGACAACAAUAAUGGACGCGGAAUGAAGAGGGUUAGAGAGGAAGAUACGGACACGCCUGAUGGCGAUGUAGAUGUGCCACGAAAGUUAAGCAAACAAGGAAGAAAGAGAGCGGCAAGGAGAUCGAAAGUAAUGGCGAUACUGGCGGAUUCCCAAGGUUAA